AGUGAUGCAUGGUUUUGUUGUGACCUUUUUCUUCUUUCUUUCCCUUUUUUUUUCUAUUUGUAUUAUGGAGAAAUCACUUGGUAGAGAAAUAGUCUUGCCUUCGCAAUUACCUUCAGCUAUUCCUAUUAGAGAUCCUUCUUCUGAAGAAACAGUUGAACCUACAAAAAAAGUGGUUUUGAAACCCACUUUAAAAGGCAAUGGGAAUUCAAAAAGACUGUGUCGUAAUGUCAUAAUCCAUGGCUAUUGUAAAUAUGAAGGCAAAGGAUGCGAGUUUAAUCAUGAUUCGAAUAAGGUCACUUCUCCUCAAACCAGUCCAGAAAAUAAAAACAAAAUACGAUCCCCCUCUAUCAACUCUUUUGUCACUGCAGACAGUGUCAAUGCACCUGAAUUUGUGCCUCGAUUUGCAGCAGACGCAACGAUACAAGAUACAAAUCUUCCAUCCUCACCUUCUUCACCACAAAUAACCAAUGGGUUGUCACAACUCAAUCUAUCGAAUGAUCAUGCAACCCAACCACCACCACCACCCUCUCCUUCACGUUUAUUGACGACAGGAUUCAAUAUGGACCCUUAUUUCUAUAUGAACACACCCUCCAUGUUUCCAAGACAACCUUUACAACAUCAUUUAUAUGCGCCUCCAUUACCCCACACAUCCAACUUAUUACCACACCAAAGAACCAUUCAAUCCUUUUUCAUAUCAGAUCAAAUUCGACAACUACUCACACAACGGAAUGAAGCACAACUCAUGACAUCAUCUAAUGGAGAUGUACCAUUAGAAGUACAUGUCUAUCAUUCCCUUGUCUUGUUAGAUUCGCCUAAUGCAGAGCAUACGUUGUUUUAUGGCCACCCUUCUUUUGUGUACAAAGCCACAUGUUCUCUCGAUGGACGUACUUAUGUACUUGUUCGAAUCCAAUUUCGAUUGGUGAAUGAAUUAGCUAUGUCGGUAGUUGAAGCAUGGCGCCGUAUUCGUCAUUGUAAUAUUGUGUCUGUGCGCGAAUCAUUUACGACCCGUGCGUUUGGUGAUUCAUCCUUGAUGUUUGUGUAUGACUAUCAUCCUUGUUCAACCACACUAGAGGCUACACAUCCACAACAAAGUGUGCCUGAGGCGACAUUAUGGAGUUACAUGACUCAGAUUGGAUCUGCUUUAAAGACCAUUCAUGGAUCUGGAUUGGCCGCACGUACAAUUCAUCCAAAAAAGAUUUUAUUGACAGGCAAAAACAGAGUGCGUUUAAGCGGUUCGAGUAUUUUGGAUGUGAUUGAAUACGAUACGUUGAAUGUGGCUCGACAACAACAAGAAGAUCUGUUAUCGUUUGGUCAGUUGAUACUUGGAUUAGCAUCCAAGGGAACAUCACGGUCUUUUGAGCAUGUAGCUCAUCAUUAUUCGGCCGAGUUCAAUAAUGUACUGCUGUAUCUAUUAAGUCAACCUGCCCCGACAAAGACAGUGGAUGAAGUCAUUCGUAUGAUUGGUCCUCGUAUUCUGCAUGAAAUCAACAAUAGCCAAUUUUAUAAUGAUGAAUUAGAAAGUGAAUUGUCUAGAGAAUUAGAAAAUGGUCGGCUUGUUCGACUGAUGGCCAAGAUGGGAUUUAUCAAUGAAAGACCAGAAUUUGAUAUGGAUCCUGGAUGGUCUGAAACAGGAGAUCGUUAUCUGAUCAAAUUGUUUCGUGAUUAUGUAUUCCAUCAAGUCGAUGAAAAAGGUCAACCUGUGGUCGAUAUGGUUCAUGUCUUGACUUGUCUUAAUAAGUUGGACGCAGGUGUUGAUGAGAAGAUCAUGUUGAUGUCUCGAGACGAGCAAUCCUGUUUAAUUGUUAGUUUUAAAGAAAUCAAAAAUUGUAUUAUGUCAGCUUUUAAUGACUUGACAUCAGGAAGAAAAUAAUAAAAGUU